AUGGCACUAAUAGUGACAAAAGAGUUUCUAAUGCUUAACCACUUCAUCAAGAGGCGUCCUUUGUGUUUUUGUGUGGCUUCAGCUAUUCGGAGGACUAUCUUCAUAUCAAAUUAUGACAGAGAAUCAGUUCUGAGUAGAAAAUUUGAAAAGCCUGUGGUUUCAAGUGUAAGAUAUGAACAGCAUCAAAUUUCAUCUACCCGAGAUUUUUGUGCUAGCGUUCAGCCGGAAGGGCUAUGCUGGGAAGGUUCCUCUCAUGCAAUUAUGUUGAAAAGGCUCAAAAAAGCCUUGAAGGAACACCAAGUUAAUGAAGCAUGGGAGUCCUUUAUUGAUUUUAAAAGGUUGCAUGGCUUUCCUGAGGAUUUUGUUAUCCGUAAGCUAAUCACUGAACUGUGCUAUUCGUCUGACCCUCACUGGCUACUAAAAGCAUGUGAUAUAGUCUUGGUUAUUUUGAAAGAGCGAUCAGACUUACUACAGUCUGAUAUCCUGGCAAAGCUCUCCCUCUCCUUAGCGCGAAGUCAAAUGCCUAAACCUGCUACAAUGAUUCUUAGAAUACUACUGGAGAAAGAGAACUUGCCCCCCAUGAAUGUAUUGUGCUUGGUUGUUCUGCAUAUGGUAAAGACUGAGGUUGGGACACACCUUGCAUCCAAUUUCUUAGUUCAGAUUUGUCAUUGUUUCCAACGCUCCAGUGUAAACAAGAGCAUCCAUGCAAAGCUGGUGAAGCCUAAUACAAUGAUUUUUAACCUUGUCCUUGAUGCUUGUGUGAGGUUUAAAUUAUCAUUCAAAGGCCAACAAAUUAUGGAAUUGAUGCCUCAAACAGGAGUUGUUGCUGAUGCACACUCUAUUAUCAUUAUUGCCCAGAUCCAUGAGCUGAAUGGCCAGAGAGACGAGAUCCAGAAAUAUAAAAGUCACAUUGAUCAAGUUUCAGCUCCGUUUAUGCAACAUUAUCGGCAUUUCUAUGAUAGUUUGUUGAGCUUACAUUUCAAGUUUAAUGACAUUGAGGCGGCCAUUGAGCUUGUUUUACAAAUGUGUACCUACCAUGAGUCUCUUCCUAUUCAAAGAGACAGAAAGAUUUCACAGAGGUCUUAUCUUGUUCCAAUUGGAUCUCAUAAUCUCAAGUCUGGGUUGAAUAUGCAGAUUUUGCCUGAGCUGCUGCUGUGCGAUUCUGUCCUCAAAAUAGAGGGUAAGCAAGAGCUUGUUCUUUAUUGGAAUGGGAAACUUGCCCUUAGUAACAGGGCUCUAGCCAAGCUCAUAAAUGGAUACAGAAGGGGCAGGGAUACUUGCAAGCUUUCAGAAAUUUUACUUAAAAUGCAAAAGGAGUUAUGUUCAUUAAGAGGAUCUCGUUUGUGUUCUGAUGUGAUUGAUGCUUGCAUUAAUUUAGGUUGGCUAGAAACUGCUCAUGACCUUUUGGAUGACAUGGAUGCAGCUGGGGCUCCCAUGGGCCUUACUGCUUUUAUGUCACUCUUGGAAGCCUAUUACAGAGGAAAGAUGUUUCGGGAAGCAAAAGCUUUGCUUAAACAAAUGAGGAAGGCUGGUUUUCUUUCAAGUAUACCUGAUGAGAUGAUUGUCUCAAAAUGUCAACCAAUACUAGAUACAAGUUCCACAUGUACAAAUGUUUCAAGCGCGACCAGUAAAUCAGAUCUGGCAAAUGCUUUGGUUCAGGAAAUGAGAGAUGAGAAGGAUGCUUCUGUGGUUUACCAGUUCAAUUCUUCCAUCAACUUUUUCUGCAAGGCCAAAAUGAUGGAUGAUGCUUUGAAGACAUACAGAAGAAUGCAAGAGAUGAAAAUUCAACCCACUGAGCAAACAUUUACCUAUCUGUUAUAUGGGUAUUCUUCUCUGGGAAUGAUUCGUACUAUCACGAUCUUGUGGGGGGACAUUAAGAGGAAUAUGGAGAGUGGAAAUUUGGUGGUAAGCAGAGAUCUCUAUGAGUACUUGCUACUGAACUUUCUUCGUGGUGGCUACUUUGAGAGAGUGAUGGAGGUCAUUGACUUUAUGAAGGAGCAUGGCAUGUACACUGACAAGUGGUUGUACAGGAGUGAGUUUGUAAAACUUCAUAAGAAUCUAUAUAGGAAUUUAAAGGCAUCAGAAGCCAGAACUGAGGCUCAAAGAAAAAGACUUAAAUAUGUUGAGAAAUUUAGAAAAUGGGCGGGAGUUGAUUGA